AUGACGAGCCUGGCGAUGGAUUUUUUACAGAAUGAAUGGGCGGAUCGGCUUCAACUUGUCGUGGAGUAUGCAAUGGGGUCGGCGGAGAUAUUUCGUAUUGCGCAUGAAAACAUGCACCAACUGCUCCACAACACCGGCAUGCGGCUGAAGGUGUGUGGUGAUAAACUGUCGGAUACAAUGAGCACGCUGCGUGCUCUUCGCAGGGCAACGGAGGAGAAUGAGAACAGCGAGCGGUGGAGGCAAAAGGAGCUGUUGGCCGAAGUUGCCAGACUCCGCGAGGAACUUCAUCAACAGCGGGAAGAAAACAAAAAAUUGGUUUCCGCCAGUUCAGCUCCCUCCUACGAUGAGCAUGUUGUUCGUGCCCUUUCGAAUUCAUACGAGAAUGAGCUGGAGAUACUGCGCAUGCAAAUUGCCACGAUGAAGAACGAUUACCUGGAUAAUCAGUUAUCGAACGCCUGGCUGAGAAGUGAGUUGAAUCUGAUAGAGAACUCCGUGCCGUCACAUUUGCUGCCUGGUGCCACGCCGCCUUCUUCUGCCGUGUUGCCGGAUAGUGAAGAUGAUCAUGGCGAUCUGGCGGAAAGUAGAAACAAGGGUGUAAAAUUGCCUUCGUCACGGGCGGUGCGGCCGUCUGUUGAACGCUCUCCGAAAAACUGCUGGUGCCCUCCUGUCGACACGAGCUAUAGCCUCGAAAGUGAGCGGGUUAUACGGCAGAAUUACGUUUUUCUGAAGGUUGUGCGUCAUUGGAGUCGAGUCUAUUGUGUUCUGAGCCAAACAAAAACACUUUUGUUUUUUGACAGCCCAGACGAUGUUUCACAGACACGCCACAUCGUUUCGCUCCAAGCGGUGAAUCGCGUCAGGCCGGUGGCUUCUCCACCACAAAAAUUUGCAAUUGAACUUGAGCACUGCAAAGAGGCUGGGGGCCACUGCGUCGAAAUUGCAUUCACGGACAAAACCGAGCGUUCCCUGUGGCUGCUUCUUCUCAUCAGCCAAAUUUCUCGGUUUUCGGGUCAAAGAAGCAACACGUGA